CAUCAACCCUCCGUCCCCUUCACUCCAUCCUCAGUAGCACUCAGGUUCACCUUCCCGUCCCCGUCGCUCUCCACCCCGGCCAUCCGCCCGCCUCCCGCGCGCGUCUCCACUGCCCGAUCGCCCGCUCCUGCCGCGCGCGGCCGCUCUGUCGGCCGCCCGGGCCGGCUACAGCCGCUCGCGCGCGCGCAUGGAUCCCUCGAGCACCGCCGCCGGUCCACCACCGUCCUCCUCGGCGGGCACCGGCGACGCCCCGCAGCAGCAUCCGCCUCCGCCGCCACCGCCACAGCAGCUGAGCAGGUACGAGUCGCAGAAGCGGCGGGACUGGAACACGUUCCUGCAGUACCUGCGCAACCACCGCCCGCCGCUGACGCUGGCGCGCUGCAGCGGCGCGCACGUCAUCGAGUUCCUCAAGUACCUCGACCAGUUCGGCAAGACCAAGGUGCACGCCGCCGGCUGCGCGCACUACGGCCAGCCCAGCCCGCCGGCGCCCUGCCCGUGCCCGCUCCGCCAGGCCUGGGGCUCCCUCGACGCGCUCAUCGGCCGCCUCCGCGCCGCAUACGAGGAGUCGGGCAACGCGCCCGAGUCCAACCCCUUCGCCGCGCGCGCCGUCAGGAUCUACCUCCGCGAGGUCCGCGACUCGCAGGCCAAGGCGCGAGGGAUACCCUACGAGAAGAAGAAGCGCAAGCGCACGCAGACACCGACGCCGACACCAGCCGCUGGCGAGGGGACGAGCUCAGCUGCUGGUGGCGGUGGAGGAGAGCCAACUCAUGGCGGAGGCACCGUAACCGUCGCGGCUGCACCAGCCACCGGUGCCCCGCUGGGAGGGAGUAGUAGCGGUACAGCUGCUGCAGCAGGCACCUCUUCCCGAUGAGUAUAGUAGAAUCAAUCACCCUCAGAGAAGAGAGACCUCCUAGUCUUAUUUCCUCGGUAUACAUCGAUCGCGCGCGCUUAUUGGUUUUGCAAGGUUUGAGCUAGUAUUAUUUCCUUUUGCCAUUUGGUUUCAUCAUCGAUCCUACCUUCUC